ACUGAGCAGUCAGCCACGCUGUGAAAAUUUUCGCUAAAAUUGUAGAAAAUUGUGUUUAAUAUACAAGUUAACUAAAAAUUAAAGGCCGUAAGUGGAUCCUGGCGUUGUGCUGUGUAUACCAACCACAAAUUUGGUUUCUUCAAACGCAUUAGCAUACAAUUGAGGGCGUUUUUAUACCGUCCGCAGAAAUUCAACAUGGCCGAGGACUUCGAUGUGGAAGCAAUGCUGGAGGCUCCGUACCAAAAGAACAACGUCAGUGCGGGCGGCGCUGGACGUGGACGCGUACGCAGCAGCAUAAGUGACAACGACGACCACGAAGAUGAUGAGCGUGCCUAUGCUGCGAAUGGCACACGCUCCAGCAACGGCACCAAAAAGCGCAGUCAUCGCUCACGCAGUCGCAGCGGCUCGCGCAGCAACAAACACAGACGCUCCAAGGAGCGAGAUCGUGGUGAUCGUGAGCGGGAGCGCGACAAGGAUCGCAACCGCGACAAGGACAAGGAGAAGGAGAAAGACAGAGAGCGCGAGCAGCGAGACCAACGUUAUCGCGACGACAAGCGCAGCAGCAAUCGCUCACGCAAUGAUCGCCCCAGUGACAGUGACAAACGCGGCGGCAGUCGAGGUCGCAGCGAUAGGGAAAAGGAACGUGAACGCGAUCGUGGAGAUCGCAGCUCUCGCGAUAAACGUCGACGCAGCCGUUCGAUUGAGCAGCGCAAGCGCCAGAGUCCCGUACGUGAGCGUCGACGUAGUCACUCGCGCUCAAGAGAUACAAAUCGUCGUCGCACCAGCUACUCGCCGCGUCCUUAUGGCGGACGUGGACGUGGCGGUGGUGGAAGAUCACCCGCCAAUGGCUUUGGUGAUCGCACACCACCCACAGAGCUCAGUCCGGAGGAGCGCGAUGCUCGCACUGUUUUCUGCAUACAGCUGUCACAACGUGUGCGCGCACGUGACUUGGAGGAAUUCUUCUCCAGCGUGGGAAAGGUUCGUGAUGUGCGUCUAAUUACUUGCAACAAAACGAAACGUUUCAAGGGCAUUGCGUACAUAGAGUUUGAGGAUCCCGAAUCGGUGGCCCUAGCAUUAGGCCUCUCUGGGCAGCGUUUGUUAGGCGUGCCCAUAAUGGUGCAGCACACACAGGCAGAGAAGAAUCGUCUACAGAAUGCGCCGCCACCGUUCCAGCCCAAGCCUCAUACUGGUCCCAUGCGACUCUAUGUGGGCUCGCUCCAUUUCAACAUCACCGAGGACAUGCUGCGUGGCAUAUUUGAGCCCUUUGGCAAAAUUGAUAAUAUACAACUGGUCAUGGACACAGAAACUGGUCGCUCCAAGGGCUAUGGCUUUAUAACGUAUCACAAUGCUGACGACGCCAAAAAGGCAUUAGAACAAUUAAACGGCUUUGAGCUUGCCGGCCGUCCCAUGAAGGUGGGCAAUGUUACCGAGCGCCUAGACAUGAAUACAAGCUCGCUGGACACCGAUGAGAUGGAUCGUAGUGGCAUUGAUCUGGGCGCCACUGGGCGUCUACAGCUUAUGUUUAAGUUGGCAGAAGGUGCUGGAUUGGCCGUGCCUCAAGCAGCAGCCAAUGCUUUGCUUGCCACAGCGCCGCAGCCGGCGCCAAUUCAGCAGCAACAGCAGGCGCCUUCAAUAGCGACACAGUGCUUUGUACUGUCUAAUAUGUUUGAUCCGCGCACUGAAACAAAUCCCACCUGGGAUACAGACAUACGCGAAGAUGUGCUGGAAGAGUGUGCUAAGCAUGGUGGCGUUCUACACAUACAUGUGGACACAGUCGCAGCCACUGGCACCGUCUAUGUCAAGUGCCCGAGUACCACUACCGCUGUGCUGGCCGUGAAUUCACUGCAUGGUCGCUGGUUUGCUGGACGUGUUAUUACGGCGGCAUAUGUGCCGUUAAGCAAUUAUCAUGCCAUGUUUCCAGACUCUCACGGCGCUGCUGACUUGAUUUCAUCGACACGCAAAAUGACCGACGAUUAAUGGGACCAGUCUAUGUGGGCUUGACUUGGCGCUGCAUCCAACAACUACAACAUAUUUGUUAUUAUUCGUUACAAGGAUUUUUGCUCAUGAUUUAUUAAUUUUUUAAAAAGACCUUUGAUUUUGUGUCGCAUUGAUAAUACGGAAGUUGAAGAAGAAACCAAAACAACAAAUGGGCACAUAACAAAACAAAAACAAUUAUAACCAUAUUAUUAAUGCAUAAUUAUGUAUAUGCAUCGUAUAAUUAGGCAUUCCUAAAAAACAAAAAAAGCUAUAAAAUUACAAACUUUUG